CGAUGCGUUAAGAAUAACAUCUUCUUUUCCCCUGCUACACCGUGUUAGGGUUUACUUCACACACACAAAAAAAACGUGUUAGGGUUUUGCAGUCGCCAUUUUUGCUUACUUCACAACCACACUUCACUCACACCAAACACAAUGAAUUUGGCUUUCAUAUAAUGCCAUUUCUUGGCACCCCCAACAUUGUUUAGACCAAUACUUCAAAAUAUUGUCCGACACGGUACGCUAUUUUGCCACUUCAUGUUUUUCUCGUUGCUCUUCUAGCUUCUAUAUCUUUCUCCAAACUUGGUUUUCGAUUCCAUGGAUAUCCAUCUACUCGUUAGUACGGUGGGCUUCUGGAAGCUUCCACUGCAAGGAAAGGCGAUUUUACCAUUGGCCAAAUCGCGGUUGUUGCGCAUUUUUCAGUGAUGAUGGGUUCGAAUUCGAACCAUGAAUGCAAUAACCCUUUUAGGUCCAAAGAGGGUGCAAAAUUUUUCCCAUUCUUUGAUUAUUUUGCGGAGAUUAUGUAGCCAUCCGUUUGAUGGUAACGGAUUCGAAUUUAUUGAGGAGCCUUUGAAAAAACUAGGUCCAGAUUAUGAUACCAAUGUGGAUGAAAGGCUCCAUUUGAAAGAGGAUUGGGGCUAUAACCGAAAACAGUUUUCACUUAGAAAAGGGUUCUUAGAAACUGUUAAGUUAGAUGCUAAGAGGGUCCUUGAGGUUCUCCGGCAAGACGGUCCCGGUCUCGAUGCGAGGUUGGUUUUAGGUGAGUUGCAUGUAAGGCUAUCAGGGCUUCUUGUGAGGGAGGUUCUCUUUGGAAUUUUGAAGCACAUAAAUUGUGAGAAUAAGACCAGGUGUGCAAAGCUGGCAUAUAAGUUUUUUGUGUGGUGCAGUCAGCAAGAGGGUUACCAGCACACUGUGAAUGCGUAUCACCUAGUUAUGAACAUAUAUGCUGAGUGCGAGGAGUUUAAGGCAUUGUGGAGGUUGGUUGAUGAGAUGGUUGAGAAAGGUCUUCCGGCUACUGCUCGUACUUUCAAUAUUUUGAUUCGUACUUGUGGUGAGGCGGGUUUGGCUAAAAGUUUGGUGGAGAGGUUCAUAAAAUCAAAGACGUUUAACUUUAGGCCUUUUAAGCACUCCUACAAUGCCAUCCUGCAUGGUCUUCUUGUUUUAAACCAGUACAAGUUGAUUGAGUGGGUUUAUCAACAGCUGUUGCUUGAUGGAUUUUCAUCAGAUAUUUUAACUUAUAAUAUUGUCAUGUAUGCCAAGUACAGACUAGGAAAGUUGGAUCAGUUUCACAGACUGCUUGAUGAGAUGGGUAGAAAUGGAUUUUCUCCAGAUUUUCAUACAUUCAAUAUUCUUCUUCAUGUUCUCGGCAAGGGGGACAAACCACUUGCAGCUCUCAAUCUUUUAAAUCACAUGAGAGAAAUGGGUAUAGAACCAACUGUGCUUCAUUUCACUACAUUGAUAGAUGGACUCAGCAGAGCUGGGAAUCUGGAUGCUUGCAAAUAUUUUUUUGAUGAAAUGAUAAAGAAUGGAUGCAUCCCAGAUGUGGUGGCUUACACUGUAAUGAUAACAGGAUAUGUAGUGGCUGGUGAGAUUGAGAAAGCACUGAAAAUGUAUCAAUAUAUGAUUUCUAGAGAACAAGUUCCAAAUGUUUUUACAUACAAUUCCAUAAUUCAGGGAUUAUGUAUGGCAGGAAAAUUUGAUGAAGCGUGCUCAAUGCUCAAGGAAAUGAAGACCAAAGGUUGUAGUCCAAAUUCAUUUGUCUAUAAUACAUUAGCGAGUUGUUUGAGGAAUGCUGGAAAGACUGCUGAUGCUCAUGAAGUGAUAAGACAAAUGACGGAGAAGGGGAAGUAUGCUGACAUACAUUCAAGAUUCAGAGGGCACAAGGCUUAGUAUCUAUUAACUCACAGGCAUCAACUUUUGAUUUGGUUAACUGAGACCAAUGUCCUGCUACUUGUUCAGCUGAUUAGAAGCUAGAGAAAUGAAGCUAUGCUUCUUUUGCUUCAUAUCUGCUUGCAUUUGUCAGGAUUCAGGAAUAAGAGCAAGGAAUAGCAGCUUAUAGAAAUUGCCAGCAAUAGCCAGAGAUGCAGUAUUUUUUUGUGUUGCUUUCCGCACACAUGCUUAAGUUGGUUGCUUUUCUGUGGCUUCAAAGACAGCCAUUUAAUUUGCUGCCACAUUCCAGAUGAAGAUUGGAAAGCUUAUCCCCUUUUAUUGUCAGUUAAACAUUAUACAGGAUAAUACGGCUUCAUUGGGUUGAGGUUAUUCAAUUUUCUGUUGAUGGGAUUGGCGACUCAGAAUCCCGAACGUUACUGUGUACAUUCGUUGUCCAGGUCCAGGGGUCAUGUAUCUAAUCUGCCUUUUUUUUUUACCAUCAUUCUGGAUUGAAUUGGUAAGUUACAAAUGAACAGAAUAUUACAUACUUGCCGUUUGGCAUGCUUAUAUGUACAGUCAAGGUAUAAUAGCCUAACAGGACAAUUGAUCAUGCAAUUUUUUUGGGUACUAGAUUCCCCUAGGGGCUAGGACCCAGGGAGGAAGAAUAAAAAUUCAAUGUUUCAUCGUUGGGUGUUGAACCCUACUGCGAAGCAAGAACUCUUGAAACUUUGAUCU